GUUGAGGCAGCGCGUUUGCUUAUGGUCGCUCCCUGAGAGGAUGCCGCUUGUGGUGUUUUGUGGGCUGCCGUACAGCGGCAAGAGCCGACGAGCUGAAGAGUUGCGCAUGGCGCUGGCUGCUGAGGGCCGCGCGGUGUACGUGGUGGAUGACGCAGCUGUCCUGGGCGCAGAAGACCCAACCGUGUACGGCGAUUCUGCCCGUGAGAAGGCAUUGCGUGGAGCUCUGCGAGCCUCCGUGGAACGGCGCCUGAGUCGCCACGACGUGGUCAUCCUGGACUCACUUAACUACAUCAAAGGUUUCCGUUACGAGCUCUACUGCCUGGCACGGGCGGCGCGCACCCCGCUCUGCCUGGUCUACUGCGUACGGCCCGGCGGCCCGAGCGCGGGACCUCAGGUGGCGGGCGCGAAGGAGAACCCGGGCCGGAACGUCAGUGUGAGUUGGCGGCCACACGCUGAGGAGGACGGGAGACCCCAGGCGGCGGGCAGCCGCGUCCUCAAGGAACUGCAUACUGCGGGCUCUGUAGUAAAUGGAAGUGUCCAGGCCGACGUACCCAAGGAGCUGGAGCGAGAAGAAUCCGGGACUGCAGAGUCGCCAGCUCUCGUGACUCCGGAAUCAGAGAAAUCUGCAAAGCACGUGUCGGGUUCCUUUUACUCUCCAGAACUCCUGGAGGCCCUAACGCUGCGCUUUGAGGCUCCCGAUUCUCGGAAUCGCUGGGACCGGCCUUUAUUCACUUUGGUGGGGCUAGAGGAGCCGUUGCCCGUGGCGGGGAUCCGCUCUGCCCUGUUUGAGAACCGAGCCCCACCACCCCAUCAGUCUACGCAGUCCCAGCCGCUCGCCUCCGGCAGCUUUCUGCACCAGUUGGACCAGGUCACGAGUCAAGUACUGGCCGGAUUGAUGGAAGCGCAGAAGAGCGCUGUCCCCGGGGACUUGCUCACGCUUCCUGGUACCACAGAGCACUUGAGGUUUACCCGGCCCUUGACCAUGGCAGAACUGAGUCGCCUUCGUCGCCAGUUUAUUUCGUACACUAAAAUGCAUCGCAACAAUGAGAACUUGCCCCAGCUGGCCAACAUGUUUCUUCAGUAUCUGAGCCAGAGCCUGCACUAACCAGAGGAGGUAGGGAGAAGGCAUGGCUUCUGAUCUCCACUCCACAUUAUUUCUCUGGGAAGAAUAAGCUGAAGGUCUCCAGAGCAUAUCGAUGCAGUACUGUACUAGAGCUGUUGUGACUGAUUCACUCAAACUUUCCUGCAUGCCCCUGUGCCAGUCCUUGGGUUUACAGCAUAAGUUGAGACUAAAGAGAAUGGAGAACUAUCGUGGCGCAUCUUGGCAAAUCCCUCCAGAGGACGGAGCUCAGGUGGACAGGGAUUGCCUAGAUGGGAUCCUACUUGGGAUAUCACAGAGCGUUGACCAUUGGCUUCCUUCAUCUGAGGCGUGGGAGAGCAGACUGGAUGGAUGAGAAUUGUUUUAAAACAAUUGUGAACAGAAACUGAAGAUGGCACAGUUCUACAUCUGCACCUGCCCUUUUAUCAUACCACAAAAGUAUUUUUUGAGUACUGUACUGACUUUUUGCUAGUCUCUAUUCUGGGACUGAGUUCACAGAUAACUACAUUGGUGUCUAUCCUUGGGAAACUUUUGUUUUUGUGGAAGUAAGCAAGUUAUCUACUAGAUUAUUUCCUCUGAUAAAAUCUUU